AUGGAGAAGCCAAAAGAUUUGAUGAGAGAAGAGAAGGGACGAAAAGUUUCUAAAAAUCACGAUUGGUGCAAACUUUGUCCCGAUCUCUUACGGUCAAUCCUCGAAAGCUUGAGCUCUAUUGAUUUUCACCGAGCAAAAAUCGUUUGCUCCGAUUGGUAUUCAGUUUGGAAAACAUGCGUGAAGCGGCCUCUUUCUAUUUUAUGGCUAGCAAGCUUUAUCUCUACACUACUAACGAUCACAUCAAGAUUUUUGAUUUCUCUCGGAAACAAUCCGUAUUGGGAUCAUCGGUUUCGAUACUUGAAGAAAAAAAAUGAAUACAUAUGUAGCAGGAGAAUGGCGAUUCAGAAAUCAGGAGAAAGUAACAUAUGGGAAAGAGUAGAAUCUAUUGGAGAUGAUGAGAUGUUGAUCUUUGGUCAUGGGGUUACAAUAAGAGCACCGGUCCAAGAUGUUGGUUAUGAAAUCAAGAGUGGUUCAAUCUAUUUCGUUACAGAUGACUUUUUGCCAAUAAACUAUCGUACUAGUACUGAUUCAAAUUGCCGUGUCUUCCAUCUUGCCAGAAGGAUACUCCAAUGGCAGGGGCCUAAGUAUAUAUCUACCAAAACUCAGUGGGUUUUUCCAGGAUUUGCUUAG